AUGUGGAAGAGGCCCACGACACCCAAAACAGAGGAAAUCACAUCAAAGAAAGUGUCUGUGAUUGCACCUUCCACAUCACAAGCUGGAAUUAAACGACCUGUCACCCAGGAGGACAGAGAAUGGGCAUUGUCAUCUUUGGCACAGCUUGACCGUUUUACAGAGUAUAUGAAGCGCACUGGUGUGACCUUCCAGGAGAGCGGCGUGUUUCUCUCUGACAGUGGCCUGCUUGGUGGCUCCCCAGAUGGGCUAGUAUCUGAUGACUGCAUCAUUGCCAGAUGCUGCCACAGUCUUUUUUUUGGAGACCCUUCUUUCCAAAUUUGA